AUGAGUAAAGUCACCUGGCUUGACAAGCUCCAGGAGCAAGUCAAGAUCGACAUUGACUGCAUGGAUCCAGCAGAGGCGAAAAGAUUUCUGCCUUUCGAACCACAUGAUCAGACGAGCAAUCAGCGCUUGGUCUAUAAGCAAAUGGUCUCUCCCGAGAACCGGGAACUAUUCUUGAAAACUGUCGAAGAAGGCAAAGACGAAGGAUGGGAGAUAAUCCUUGAUCGAAUGGUACCUCACUUUAUCCAUCUUGUAGCCACUUACUCACUUCAUCAUUUACAGAGUGCUCUACUGUGCGCCAAAAACAUAGAGAACAUCCAGGGGCGAGUGUUGCUUCAAACCUCAGCUUUCCACUCAUACGACACAAGAAAAGUUGUGGCCCAGGCUCGAUCCUAUGCAAGAGAGUUCGAGAAGCUUGGUAUCUCGAAAGAUCGGAUUUGUAUCAAGAUUCCGUGCACAGGUCCUGCUCUCAACGCCAGUCCGAUUCUACUCAGAGAAGGGAUCCGCACGCUGGGAACUUCUCUAUUUUCUGUCUCUCAGGCCAUAGCUGCCAGCCAGGCAGAGGCGUUGUCUAUUAGCCCCUACAACUUUCCUUGGUAUCAUACCGACCGAGGGCAGUGGCCCAAUGCUGAAGACCCAGCUCUUGAUCAUCCUAUGUCACACAGAAUCGUACAAAUCCAGCACAUCUACCAGCGCCUUCGACAAGAGACUGGUAAGACGCAGCCACUACUCAAGCCAGCAAGCUUCAUAUCCGCCCGUGAGGCAAUAGCUAUGGCCGAGCUCGGCUGUGAUCACGCCACUAUUCCUGAGGAUAUCCUCCUUCAACUCUCGCUAUUGGAUGCCGAAGCAAACCCGCCACCUGGAAGUGAUUCUCACAUGAAGACCGGUAGCCCGUCGUCACGAGUUGCCCAUCUGGCAAAUAUUGAUCCCCUGGCCGGUCCAGGCUGGCCUGGGCUUCCAGCACUCGAUAUCGACUAUCUGGCAGAUAACGGGGCCGCACUGACCAAGGCUAUCGCUGCUGACACUUUUACUCAGAGGGGGCUUGACACAGCUCUGGAGGCAUUCAAGGCGAACGAGUUGCAGAGUCGAGAUGCAAUCGAAGAAGCUUUAAACCAGUUCUGA